AUGUCAUACCAAUCCAGCGAAGCGAAAAAGGAAGAGUUCCGCAAGUACCUUGAGGGAAAGCAGGUGAUUGACACUCUCACGCGUGUGCUCGUUAACCUCUAUGAGGAACCCGAAAAGCCUGAUGAUCCGGUUGAUUUCAUUAAGAAAGUGCUCGGUGGCGCCUCCACUGCGGAUUACGAAGCGCUCCAGCAGGAGAACGCGUGCCUCAAGGCGGAAGUGGCAGCCCUCAAGAAACGGCUGAAUGAAGAGCACUAA